GCGUUCCCGACAUGCCCCGCGGCGGCCGACAACCGCCGGAUUUGAAUCGCGGCACCGCUCGGCGGCGGCGGGAUGAGUACCCCGUCGUUGCCCCCGGCCUGGCAGCUCUACCUCAAGGACCACCGCAUCUCCACAUUUAAGAACUGGCCCUUCUUGGAGGGCUGCGCCUGCACCCCGGAGCGAAUGGCCGCGGCCGGCUUCAUCCACUGUCCCACUGAGAACGAGCCCGACUUGGCUCAGUGUUUCUUCUGCUUCAAGGAGUUGGAAGGCUGGGAGCCAGAUGACGACCCUAUAGAAGAACAUAAAAAGCAUUCAUCUGGUUGUGCUUUCCUUUCUGUCAAGAAGCAGUUUGAAGAAUUAACCCUCAGCGAAUUUUUAAAACUGGAUAAAGAAAGAGCCAAGAACAAAAUUGCAAAGGAAACCAACAAUAAGCAGAAAGAAUUUGAAGAAACUGCAAAGAAAGUCCGCUGUGCCAUUGAGCAGCUGGCUGCCUCGGAGUGACGCCACCCCCACCGUCACUGCCCCACAGGGACACACACACAUCCUUUCCAAGGCACAGCCCUCAGCGUUACCAGCUUUCCUCUGGGGCCUCUUAACUGUGCCUUAGGAAAGGAGAACAUCAGCAUUUUGAAAUUAGAAUAUUUACCUGUAUUUUUGGGUUUUUUCUUGAAGGCGGUGCCAGGGGCUAUUGCUGUUGUACAGCUGGUGCUAAGUACAGUGACGGAUUCUCUCUUUUCUCUCUGGUAGUUUUUGCUUUAUUGAUUCCUGGACUUAGCAGGGUGAGGGGAGAAGUUCGUCCACGUGGGUAGAGCCCUUUUACAGUGACCUGUCUGGGCUUCACACUGACGACUGGCUGUCCAGCUGAGAUGUGAUGCGUGAACGCGAUCAUUGGUCCAUUGUGACUGGACAAACAGGAUUAAGGAUGCCAUUUUAAAUUUCAUUUGCGUAAUAAUCUCCAUUUAUUGUGUGCACUUCUCAUGUUCCAGGUGCUCUGUAUUAUCUCACGUUGACGUCUGCAGGUCCUGUGACCAUACCUUUUUACCCCAUCAGGUCUGUGGUGUCUCAGCGGCUCCCUUCCUCCCAGGUGGAUUGUACAGACCCAUCCCUGCCACGCCUCUGAAAGUGCCCUGUGUGUGAGGCGUUCCUCGCCAUCCCAUCUUGUGAUUUUCAGGUUUACAAGGGGGAGCUAUGGGAUUAGAUCCCAGACUCUGCCUCUGGACUUGAUCUGUGUAAGAGCCCUUUGCAUGACUGUAGCAUGAGCGGCUAGGGGGGUGGAGGGGAUGCAGAAGGACUGAUGUCUUGAGAGUAGAGCUGGCCUCUUGCUUUUGAGGUCAGCUGAAGAUACUUCUUCACCUCCAGUGGCACAUGGAAAGUUUGCAACAUUUCUCUGUAGUAGACGAGGAGAAGGUUGUCCUUUGUGCCAGACAAGGAACUUUCCAGAAGCCUGGCUCACUGCUUCUUCCUCUUUAGUUAGCAGGGCACACAGAGGGGAUUCUUCCUGGGAAGUUUUGCUGUGGACCAGCUGUCAUCCAUGGACACAGCAGGCAGGGGUGGGAUGUAAAAUCCAAGGAAGGAGUUCCUGUUCUUAAUAUUUCUAAUACUCUUCAAAUAGCUACUUCCCAUUAAUGAUGUGGAUUAGGCAGCUGAUAAUUCCGCUGUCUUUCUAAUGUGAAUCUUCCUAAAGGAAUAAAUUAAUUUAAAAAGUGGAUUGGAAAACCUCUUUGGGGGAAACUUCUUAAAAAAAUAGAUGAGUCAUAUAUGUUGUUUGCAGUCUUGCAAGAUUACAAAUUCAGUGAUAUUUGAGUUUCAACACCAGCACGGAGUAAGCAGAGAGUUGGGGCAGUUGUAAAAAAGGCAUGUGGGACACCCACUCCGGCCCUAACUGUGCCCUCUAACGGUGUGCUUGCCUUGUGGGCUUGGGACUGGCACCUGUUGAAUUGGAGCUGCAGUUUCCUCACCAGUAAUGUGGGGAUCGUAGAACCUUGUUGCCUCAGCUGGCUUUUUUUAUUUUAGCAACAUGGUUUUCAUUUGAGGAGGAGAGGAAUUGAGACAAAGCCCUCAGCCCCUCCUAAGAUUCUGCAGUGUUGUUUUCUUUUUUUUGUUUGAAUUAUUAUUUCACAGAACAGGACAAACUACAAUUAAAAGUAAGCACAGAGCCUUUCUUAGUCAUUGGGGACACCAGUGUGAAUUUUAGAUGGAUUUGGAGACAAGGUAAAGUAGCAGGAGCUAUCUAGCAGAAACUGUCGUUAUGAAACGGCUGCACAGUUAGCCAGCCCGAGUGAGCUGGAGGGCGCCCACUGGCUGCUCCUCCCCAGGACGACGCGGUGGCCUGAAGCCCUUCUAAGUGACCUGGCUCGGAGCUGUGGAGACUUGGUGGGCUGCUGCAGGCGGUCUGUCAGCCCUGAAUGGCUGUGUCUCCAUUGCUCCACGUCGGUGCCACAUUCUCCACAUCACCACCUCCGCACGGGUACCCUGCUCUCCUCCCCGAGGCCGGCUCACGCAGGGCUGAGGCCUGAUGUUAAGAUGGUAGAUUUGAUUUCAUCCUCCUUCAUGAAGCUAAGCUGCAGGGUGGAUUGUUACUGUCCUAUUGGAAACCUCUGGGGCUCAUCUUGGUAGUGGCCGAAGAAUAAAAACUAUUUCAUUUC